AUGCCGCCCACCGAGCGAGCCAGGCUAUUACAAUUCCACUUCCGGCACACAACUCUGCUGCGUAGCUGGCGAUACGUGCGGUGCGAACUCCAUCUGCCACUCCCUGUCUUCACAUUCACCGCUAUAUUCGUCCUUCUACCUCGGCGGCUGCACAAAUCCAACUUCGACGAUCCGCUCUGUCGACGGGAUUGCAACGAUCGGGGGACGCUGUUAGUAGGCGCGGAUGUUGUUUACGACGAAGGAGAUGGAGACGGGGUCUGGAGUUGUUGUGGACGGACGACGGAUGGGACUAAUGGCGUGGAUUGUUCGAAUCCGGUGGACCGCUUGUCUUUUCAGAUUGGAUGGACACCUGAUCAGUUUCCUGGGCCAGUGGACAAGGCGCUCACGCCGGGUGUUACGACGACGGUGGGAAGUGUGACGGGUGCGAUGACGAGGAAGUCGAGUGCCGCAACGAGCAUGCCGACUGCUCAGACGUCUCAGAAUAGCUUGAUGUCGACGACUGUGGUUGGGUCGGCAACUGCUACGGCGGCUGUAAGUCCGCAGAGUCCUACUGCUGCAGCAACGGACCACAAUACCGGACUGUCGACGGGGGCAAAAGCUGGUAUAGGAGUCGGAACCGCGGUGGUUGCUUUGGCCUUGCUUGGAAUGAUCGCGGCUAUCCUGCUGUUGUGGAAGAAGCAGAGUAAGCCAGAUCAAAACAGAACGUCCGCUCCCAGCACAGAGACACCACAAAAGCCGGAAGGAGGAUAUGACUUCAAGCCCUCGGUGUUCCAUAGGAGCCAAGGGUUUGCAUCUCAUCCGCACGAACUGAGUGCUUCGGCAAUGACGCACGAGUUAGAUUCGAGUGUGCAGCCACGGCAUAUGAUGGAUUCCGGGUUCAGGACACAUCAGGAGUGA